AUGUGGGAACGGGUCAGGAAGGCUUUGCUGAACUCGCUGUCCACGACCCUCCUCUGCAUCUGGAACUGGGUGCGGGCUUUCUGGCGAAAAAAUGGCCUCCUGACCCUAUCGAUGCUGUCGGUUGCCACCGGGUGCCUCCUGGGGUUCCUGCUGCGGGCGCUGGAGAUGACAGAGCUGGAGAAACAGUAUUUUUCCUUUCCUGGAGAGCUUCUCAUGAGGAUGCUGAAGAUGCUGAUCCUGCCCUUGAUCACCUCCAGCCUCAUGUCCGGGCUGGCCACCAUGGACUCCAGGGCCUGCGGGAAGAUGGGGGUGAUCACCAUCACCUACUACCUUUGGACAACUUUCAUGGCAGUGACUGUCGGGAUCAUCCUCGUGGUCAGCAUCCACCCCGGCGCAGCUGCCCAGAAGGAUGACUACUCUGUGGGGAAAGUGGUGCUCAGCUCCGCCGACGCGUUACUGGAUUUAAUCAGAAACAUGUUUCCUUCUAACCUGAUUGAAGCUUCCUUCCAGCAG